AUGGAGAACGGAAGAAAUACCAAUCUUCGAAGUCUUGUUCGACCAGUUUCACCAUUAUCUAGAUGGCAAAAGCCACCACUUCCAAUUGAUACUGCUGAUGACGAUGAUGAUGAAAUAAGAAGAGGUGGUGUUGAUCGUAAACGUUUAGAUCGCCGAAGUAGAAGUCGUUCCCCAGCGUUGUUUUCUUCUGUACAUCUUGCUUCAAGUGGACCCACUAGUGGUGUAGAGAUACAGCCAAGUGAAGAAACUAGACGUAUUAUUGUACGUCGUUCUUUACAAGAUCCAAAGGAGGAAGUAGAAGAUUAUACAGAAAAGCAGUCAAAAUCAAAACCGAAUGAUUACUCACGUCCGAAUAAUGAUGAUAAUAAACGGCGUUUAAGAGAUGAACGAUCAAAGAAACUGAUGUCACGACCUGUUCUAUUCAAAAAUCGUCCUGUACCAAUCACUGCUCCAAGUGGAAUUGACCGGGAGAAUACUUGUCCUAUGCUGCUUCGUUUAUUUUAUUCCACAAACGCACGUCAUUAUUCAUUGUCAGAUUAUAAUAAACGUCGUACACCGGAAAAUGAAAUACAAUUCAAUACAUGGAUUGACGCAACGCUUGCUGAAUUAGCUGAUGAAGUACGUAAUGUAGUGCCCAUAGCUAGACGUCGUGGUACACGUAUGCAUUUCGCAAUAGUCUAUCCGGAUAGUCGUGGUACUUAUGGACGUCGCCAAUUAGGUGUUGUUAUCACUGGUUAUGGAUUAAGCUCUGGUGAAUUUGAUAAUAAUUCUGCUGAUACAACAACGAAUCGUAAUAAUAAUAUUCAGAGACCUUUUAAUUUGAUUGAUGACUCAUCAGUAACUCUGUUGUCGAAAAAAUUCCAGAUUGGUGAUUAUGUGGAUUGUGCAAUUGUUGAAUAUACUCCAGGUUCUUUAGGUGGUUGGUCAUCUGGACGACGUCCACUUGGUCCACCACCACCACCAUCAACAACAACAACUGGAUCUGAUCCACGUGGUUCUACACUUGAAGAAGCUCGAAUGAUAUAA